UCCGACAACGAUUUCAUAGGAGUCGCUCCCUCUCCCAGCAUAGCGAGAGGGAGAUUCCCGCGGCAUCUCCUUCAGGGGCCUCUUCUUUCGGGGUCGAGUUCUCUGCAGACAGUCUUCCCCCUCAUGCUACCACCGGCUGUAGUGGGGAGGUUUUCACUUCUAUAGCCGUUAGGCAGGUUAUUGAUCCCUCUCCUCAGUUUGAUGGGAAUCGAUCCGAGGAAUCCCGUCGUUUGAUACGAGAAGGGGGGCGUUAUUCCUUACGCUAGCUGAUCAUGGAUGCUCCUUUCACCGCCAAUUCUAUUUCUACUCAGGCUUUAGAGCGGCCUAAUUAUCUGUUUGGGGAUUCUGUUGAGGAUCCGGCCAGGUUGAAUUUGGCCGACGAGCAUUGGCUGAAUAAUGAUGAGGGGACUGUCCUUUAUAUCCCUUCCAUUCCCCGUCAGCACUCCUUUACUCAUUUGGAGGGGCAGGCCGUAGAGCGCCAAAUAUCAUGGAAGCUUACAGAUGAUAGGGAUCGAGUUCACUGUGGAUACAUUUCUUCUCAUAAGACUCCAGGCUCCCAUGGACGUCAUCUUAUUCGCGGUCUUCGACCAGGGAUUAUGGGUCUUGAUACCGCACCCCCAGGUGAGAUGUCGACAGCUGCUCCUACUGUGAGGAAUCGCCUGGCUACACUUGGGAGAAAGUUACCUCCGCGAGAGUUCAGAUGUUUUGGUUGGGCUUACUCACCGCCCAAGGGAUGGUGGACCCGUAUGACCGGUUAUGUCUUAGGGCGUUGGGAGAGACAUCUGAAGAGCAGUGGGUUGUACGCUCCCAUACGAGCCACUAUGUACGGAUUCCCGGUCAGCUGUCGCCAUUUCUUGGCAUUGCUAGAGACGUAUAUCCCUGAGAGUAACACAUUUCUGACCAGCGGUGGAGAGUUAGGGUUGGCCUUGCACGAGAUGCACCAGGUUUCUGGUCUUCCCAUAGGGGAUUGUCCGUACCAGGAGUACUUUCCCUCGAACCUACAGUUGGAGCGAUUGAAGAAGGAUACUCUCGAUAUGUAUGAUACUCUUUGGGACCUCACAUGUCAUUACUAUACUUCUCUAGUCAAGGUUACCCCUCGAGCGAAGAGGAAGAAGCAGAUCAGCUUGAAGCAGUUCGCUGUCUAUUUAUUCCAGAAUUUGGAGAGUACUUCAGGCGAACACAUUUGUGAACUAGAUGUUUUGACACCUUCCGCAGCUAACGAGUUGAUGGAAAAGGCCGAAGCUUGCUCCUACAUGACUGCCAGUGUUGAGGGAGCUUUUCCUGCAGGGACUAAGUUCCGAACCUUUCUUCGUCAUGCGCAGAAGUCCAUUGAGCCCAGGACUCUGCUUGCAAGCUAUCUUGCCCUCUGGUUGAAGAAGUGCAUCGUUCCAUAUCAGUUUUCGGACGCCUUACCCCUCGAGGUGCUCUUCCCUGUCAUUCAGCUAGCUUAUGGGAGGGAGCUUUCCCUGCUUCCAGCAAUGGUUGCUGGCAUUUAUUGUGGGCUCAGGUAUUUGGUCGAUGGUUUUGCGCAGGUGGGCCCUGAACCGUCGAUCGAGCUUGUUUGUGUAAAGACCGAGCUUCCAUAUACAUACCUGAUGGCAUGGCUUGUCCUUCAUCGUCCCGACUUGAUGUCAGCCCCUAGUACUAUUGAUAUCCCCGUUCCUUUCGUGCAGCUGUUGGAAAGGAGUAGAUGGCUCGGGAAAACAUUUAUUGAUGUACAGCGAGAUCUUCAAGUUCGUAAGAGCUGGGAGUUCUUCAAGUGUUUUCCUCAUUUCUCGGGUCGUUAUGGUGAUGUUUUGGUUGAUGGAGAGAAACCCAGAACUGGCCGGACUGCACUUGACACUGGUUGUUUUCGCUGGUUGGUAAACAUCCGCAUUGGGUAUCUUGUUCUUCGGGUGAAGAAUCGUUGUCACAUAGAGCCUUACCUUCCGUGCCGUUUCGCUCGCCAGUUCGGUUACGACCAACUAUAUGUUGAGAACCCGAGCCGUGGUUUGAAGACCGAGGGAGGGCUUAUUGACGGCGUUCGGGCAUGA